AUGGAUAACCCUGAUUUCCUGUCACUUGCUCAGCUGUUCAUUAAACGUCCAGAUGUCUUCAGGGCCAAGGAAUCGCAGUACCCACCACAGCAGUGCCCGCAGACCAACCACAGCAGUGCCCACCACAGCAGUGUCCACUACAGCAGCGCCCACUACAGCAGCGCCCACUACAGCAGUACCAACCACAGCAGUGCCCACCACAGCAGUACCCACCACAGCAGUGCCCACUACAGCAGUACCCACCACAGCAAUGCCCACCACAGCAGUACCCACCACAGCAGUGCCCACCACAGCAGUACCCACCACAGCAGUACCCACCACAGCAGUACCCACCACAGCAGUGCCCACCACAGCAGUGCCCACCACAGCAGUACCCACCACAGCAGUACCCACCACAGCAGUGCCCACCACAGCAGUGUCCACUACAGCAGCGCCCACUACAGCAGCGCCCACUACAGCAGUACCAACCACAGCAGUGCCCACCACAGCAGUACCCACCACAGCAGUGCCCACUACAGCAGUACCCACCACAGCAAUGCCCACCACAGCAGUACCCACCACAGCAGUACCAACCACAGCAGUGCCCACCACAGCAGUGCCCACUACAGCAGUGCCCACCACAGCAGUGCCCACCAUACCAGUGCCCACUACAGCGGGGCUCGAUUGUCACUGGUCAUGGAAUCUGAAUUAAUGAGGAUAAGUUAG